GACCUCCCUCCCCCUCCUCCUCCUUCUCCCCGCAGGUUCUCCGGUCCUCCGGCUCGUCAGCAGCGGGUCAUGGAGUGCCGGGACUCCGCCGUGUCGGCCCUCAGCUGGGUCAUGAUCGUCUUGGGAGUGCUCGUCCUGCUGCGGCAGACGCUGGGCCGCCCCUCCCUGUACGGACGCUACACGGAGGAGUCCGGCGGCCGCUCCUGUCCCGCCAGGGCCGCCUGGUUUCUGCAGGAGGCGCCGGCCUUCCUGCUGCCGCUGCUGCUGCUGCUGCUCACCGAGCGGGACGCUCCGGAGUUGGAGAGCCGCCCGGCCGCCGGCAGGGCGCUGCUGCUGCUCGGGGCUUUCAUGGUGCACUACUUCCACAGGAGUUUUAUUUAUGCCUUCCUGACUCGUGGGCGACCUGUGCCGCUCUUCAUCGUGGUGUAUGCAGCCAUCUUCUGCUCGAUCAACAGCUUCCUGCAGGCUCAUUUUCUGCUGCACUGCGCUCACUUCCACGACUCCUGGCUGACAGACGCACGUCUGACGGCAGGUUUGCUGCUGUUUGUGUGUGGAAUGAUCAUCAACAUCCACAGUGACCACGUGCUGCGCAGCCUCAGGAAGCCCGGAGAACUGGUCUACAGGAUUCCCCGUGGGGGGAUGUUUGAGUGGGUAUCCGGUGCCAACUUCUUUGGUGAGAUCACAGAGUGGUGCGGCUACGCCAUCGCUGUGUGGUCGUUGCCGGCGUUCGCCUUUGCCUUCUUCACCAUCUGCUCCAUCGGACCACGAGCCUAUCAGCACCACAGAGAUUACCAGCAGAGGUUCAAAGACUAUCCUCGCUCCAGAAAAGCUGUCAUACCUUUUCUUCUGUGAUCAGUGAAAAGACUGAGACUCAUCAGAUUGAUUUGAAAAAAAAAGAAAGAAAAGUAACUGUUUUUAUCUUGAUAUGAUUUUAUUUACCAUUAUCAUUUGCUAUUUACUAAUUACUUUAAUUACUUUGAAAAUAUAUCUAUUGUAUCAAGAAUAAAUAAAUAAAGCCUUC